AUGCAGCCAUCCGCCUUGUCAACUCCGCAUCCAUCGGCCGUUAGGCUGAUGAAAGCUUUUGUCUCACCUGCACGAUCUAUAACUACUCCUGAUUCAUCCUGUGAGGCGAUCUCAAAGGGGAGGGCGAAAAAAGAAAGAAAAGAGAGCAAGAUCACUGUGGAGGUAAAGCGACAGGCAGUGAAGGGAGCGAAGUGCUAUGCAUAUGCCGCCCGACUCUACGUACAUACGCCUGUAAUAUGCGGUCGCAGUCACGGAGCUGUGGACGCUUGA